AUGGCCAGUGUGCGCAGUGAGCACGUCUCAGAAUUUUUCCCAGAAAUAGAAGCCAGCUAUCUGGCUCGCCCUGCUGCCCCGCACACUGACGGCUUGGCAAUGGGUAAAUGGCGCCGGCACGGACUUCGAUGGAGCCGCUCUCCCAGCGCCCUGCAGUUCCGCGUCCGGAACUGGGAACACAGGCAUGGGUGGCCACACCUGACCCUGCACGUGGUCUCAGCCACCUCCCUGUGGUGCCCUCCUGCUGACACCACAGCGGCCCCGUUCUGGUGGCCGGGCUGCCAGGUGCCCGCGCGGGUGACGCCUUCUCUGUUCACAGACUACGUCUACUUCGAGAACUCCUCCAGCAACCCGUACCUGAUCCGGAGGAUCGAGGAGCUCAACAAGACUGCCAAUGGGAACGUGGAGGCCAAGGUGGUGUGCUUCUACCGAAGGCGGGACAUCUCCAGCACACUCAUCGCCCUGGCCGACAAGCACGCCACCCUGUCAGUCUGCUAUAAAGCUGGACCAGGGGCGGAGAACGGCGAGGAAGGGGGCGUGGAGGAGGAGCUGGAGAACCCCGAGGUGCUGGACCUGCCCGAGAGGCAGCUCGAGUCCCUGCCCGCCACCCACAUCAGGGGCAAGUGCAGCGUCACCCUGCUCAACGAGACCGAGUCACUCCGGUCCUACCUGGAGCGGGAGGAUUUCUUCUUCUAUUCUCUAGUCUACGACCCACAGCAGAAGACCCUCCUGGCCGACAAAGGGGAGAUCCGAGUGGGGAGCCGGUACCAGGCCGACAUCACUGACUUGCUGAGGGAAGGUGAGGAGGAUGGCCGUGACCAGUCCAAGCUGGAGACCAAGGUGUGGGAGUCUCACAACCCGCUUGUUGACAAGCAGAUCGACCAGUUCCUGGUGGUGGCCCGCUCCGUGGGCACCUUUGCCCGGGCCCUGGACUGCAGCAGCUCUGUCCGCCAGCCCAGCCUGCACAUGAGUGCCGCGGCCGCCUCCCGAGACAUCACCCUGUUCCACGCCAUGGACACGCUGCACAGGAGUGUCUACGACAUGUCCAGGGCCAUCUCGGCCCUGGUGCCGCAGGGCGGGCCUGUACUCUGCAGGGACGAGAUGGAGGAGUGGUCGGCCUCAGAAGCGAACCUCUUCGAGGAGGCCUUGGAGAAGUACGGGAAGGACUUCACUGACAUCCAGCAGGACUUUAUGGAGAGAGGCCAGGACCGAACCGCAGCAACAUGAGUCCCCAUGGCAUGCCAGCCCGGAGCAGCGGGAGCCCCAAGUUUGCCAUGAAGACGAGGCAGGCCUUCUACCUGCACACCACCAAGCUGACAAGGAUCGCCCGGCGCCUGUGCCGAGAGACCCUGAGGCCCUGGCACGCGGCCCGGCACCCCUACAUGCCCAUCAACAGCGCAGCCAUCAAGGCCGAGUGCACAGCCCGACUGCCCGAAGCGUCCCAGAGCCCGCUGGUGCUGAAGCAGGCGGUGCGGAAGCCCCUGGAAGCUGUGCUUCGCUAUCUCGAGACCCACCCCCGCCCCCCUAAGCCCGACCCUGUGAAGAGUGUGUCCAGCGUGCUCAGCAGCCUGACGCCCGCCAAGUCGGCCCCCGUCAUCAACAGCGGCUCCCCGCCCAUCCUGGGCAAGAGGAGCUACGAGCAGCACAACGGGUUGGACGGCAACAUGAAGAAGCGCCUCCUGAUGCCCAGCAGGGGCACUUACCUGGGGCUGGCAAACCACGGGCAGACCAGGCACAUGGGACCAAGCCGGAACCUCCUGCUCAACGGGAAGUCGUACCCCACCAAAGUGCGCCUGAUCCGGGGCGGCUCCCUGCCCCCCGUCAAGCGGCGGCGGAUGAACUGGAUCGACGCGCCAGACGACGUGUUCUACAUGGCCACUGAGGAGACCAG